AAACCCUACCAAUCAAUAGCCUUGUUGCUUUAACUGCCUCUUCUUGCAAAGCAAAUCAUUUAACUAGAGUCCAGACAUGGGAGAAAUUGAUCCUGCUUUCAUACAAGACCCUGAUCACAGGCCUAAACUCUUCAUCAUCGAAGCCGAAGGCAUACCCUUGAUUGACCUGUCUCCAAUAAACUCCCCAGACUCCAUUACUGAUCCCAAAGCCAUUGAAGGUGUUGUUAGAGAAAUAGGCAGUGCAUGCAAGGGCUGGGGGUUCUUCCAAGUGAUCAAUCAUGGGGUUCAAUUAGAUAAGCUCCGAAAUAUUGAGACUGCUGCUAGGAAGUUCUUCGCUCUGCCCUUGGAUGAGAAGAGGAAGAUUAGAAGGGAUGAAAAAAGCAUAUUGGGUUACUAUGACUGUGAGCGUACCAAGAAUGUCAGAGACUGGAAGGAGGUGUUUGAUUUAACAGUGGAGGAGCCUACGUUAGUCCCGGCAUCGCCUGACCCCGAGGACAAGGAAGAGACAGAGUGGCAUAACCGAUGGCCGGAGUAUCCUCCAGAAUGCAGGGAGGCCUGUGAAGAAUAUGCGCAAGAAAUUGAAAAGCUAAAAGACCAAACAACUUCUAUCACACUCAAUUACUAUCCACCUUGUCCUUCCCCUCAGUUAGCUCUUGGUGUUGGUCCCCACAAGGAUGGCGGUGCGUUAACCGUGCUAGCUCAAGAUGAAGUUGGAGGAUUGGAAGUGAAGAGAAAAACAGAUGGAGAGUGGAUCCGGGUUAAACCCACCCCAAAUGCCUAUGUCAUCAAUGUUGGUGACAGUCUUCAGGUUUGGAGCAAUGAUAUCUAUCAUAGUGUAGAACACAGGGCGAUGGUGAACUCAGAGAAGAAAAGGUUUUCUAUUGCUUACUCUCUCAAACCAUCACACUACACCCUAAUCAAGCCCUUGGAGGAGCUAAUAAGUGAAGAAAACCCUGCCAAGUAUAGGCCAUACAACUGGGGAAAGUUUAUGACACACAGAAAACUCACCAAUUUCAAGAAACUCAAUGUGGAGAACAUCCAAAUUCAUCAUUUCAGGUUAUCAGAAUAAGUGGGUAAGGAGGAGUUUUAUUUAUGUUAUUUCAGCUUCCUGAUCCUGUGCAUACCAUGUUGUAUAUCAAUUCAGAAAAUAAUGGCACGCUGUGUAUAGAAUUGACCUGUAAGGAACUUUUUUGAAA